CGAAGCUGCGGAGUUCGCAACGAGCAAUGCAGGCGAAGGCGAGCGAAUUGUACGUUGGCAAGUAUUCAUUGCAUUUUGGUGCGAUACAUUCACCGGAUUAUAUUUUUUAUAAGUUUAAACCACGCAAUUGAUACUAUGCCAGGUAGGUGUGGCAAAGUUGCGCAUAAAAAUUUUGUUAAAAGACUUUUAUUAACCAAACAGCAAGACGUAAUUUCGUUACUGUAUUUUGGUAUUUGAAAGUAAAAUAUAAAAACGAAAGUGGCCAAGGUGGACUCCGAACUUUAAUGUGAAGUAUCUUAUUUAUUUGAGUAUUACUUUCAUGAACUUCAUCAAAUUCUUCGUUAAAAAUUAUACCUGUAGACUCAGAUGCAUGUGGUAACUGAACAUUGUUGGGUCUAAUAUUGAAGUCACGUCUGAAUCAAUUAAGAUUACAAAUGUGUCCAGAGUAACUUACAAUAUACCCACUUCUUAGUAUGCUUUAAACACUGAAGUCGGUACUGAAAGAUAAUGAGGACGGAAAACCUGUGGUUAAUGGUAAUGAACCCAAAGAGAAACAAUCAUCUUUUAGAGAUCAGGUAGAUUUGGGGAAGGAUGUUCAUUCAUGCACCAAAAAGCUCAUGAAGGCAAAGUUCAUUUAGGAAAAAAAUGUCAGGGAGCAUCUCAGACAAUCACAACGCAUAUUUUUUUCAAAGCAUCCUCUUGUUUGUACAGAAUACUGAAGGAAAUGAAUUUGGAUUGAAAAAGAGACACUCUCUAGUGUCUUGGCAACAACAGAUCCAGAAGAUUACAAUAAUGGAGGUGGAACCUGCCAAAUUGACUUGGUUAGCUGAAGCCCCACCAGCUGGCAGCAAUCUGCAACUGAGAAUAUGGGCCAUUGACUACAGAAGACUUCUUGACUGCAAAUCUCUGCCCAUCCUAGGAAUUGGUGACUAACAAAAUUAUUCAAAUCUGGAAAAGACCUUGAAGAUGUGAAUAGGUACCCAAAGUUCAGUCUACUUCUGAUACUCAACAAAUUGUUAGAAUGUUUCUUAACUCUGAUGGACAACUUUAAUGACCUAUGUUUUCAAAGCAGCACAAUUUGGCUUCUAUCGUUUGCACAUUACAAAGACCUUACAGAUUAAACCACAAAUACCGAUGUUAUUGUCUGAAUUCUUUAAUGCCCUUGCCUAUGUUAAUUUUGAAACUCUGCUACUAAAAAUGAAGCC